AUGCCGCCGCCGCCGCCGCUGCCACCACCAUCACUGCCGGGCGAGCUCCUCGAGGAGAUCUUCCUCCGCCUCCCGCCGGACGAGCCCGCGUGCCUCGUGCGCGCCUCCCUCUCCAGCAAGUUCUGGCUCGGCCUCCUCUCCGGCCCUCGCUUCCGCGGUCGCUACCACGACCACCAUGGAGCUCCCCCCAUGCUCGGCUUCCUUCGUGGUUUCUGGCUGGAGGGCUGCCACCGGCGCGAAAAAGGUCCCGUCCCACGCUUCACGUCCACCGCGAAAUUCGGGGCGCGCAUUCCCGACGACGAAUGGGACCACUCUGACUACUCUGCGUGGGACUGCCGCCAUGGCCGCGUCCUUCUUGGGGAUGCGUAUAGCUGCGAGCUCCUCGUUUGGGACCCCAUGACGGGCUGCCGGAGGGGGGUGGACUGGCCCAACCUGGUGGACGACAGCCGCGGGGUCGCCGUGCUCUGCGCCAUGAGGGGCUGUGACCACCGCACUUGUCAUGCGGCUCCCUUCCAGGUGGUUUUUGUCGGCGUGGAAAUGGGAGAAGAUGAGGAUGUUGAUGAUUGUGCUGCAUUCGCUUGUGUGUCCUUGCCAGAGACCGGUGACUGGAGCAAGCCAUGCCCUCCAUCUGAUCAGUGGGGCGAGCCCUGCCCUCUUCUUCAUCUUCCAGCUGAAGCAUUCAUCGAGCCAAUCCCCCCUGUCCUCAUCGAAGAAGCACUUCACUUCAUGAUUCAGUCUCUUAAGGAUGAUAGUGAAGAAAUUCUCAAGUAUGACUUCAGCUCUAAUAGCUUAUCACUGAUUGGUGCACCGAUUCAGGAUCGUGAAAUUGUCAGUUCCUCUAUCCUCAUGGCGAUGGAGGAUGGCAGUUUGGGGUAUGCAUAUGUCAAUGGAUCAACCCUCUACCUGUGGUCAAGACUGAUGGAUUCCAACGGAGUUGCCUCAUGGAGUCAACGUACAAUUAUCAAUCUCAUGAACCUUCUCCCCAUCCAAAAUCCUGUGGAAAGAAUUACAGUAGUUGGAUCCGUGGAGGGCGGUGAUGUCGUGUUCGUCACCACAGUGCUGGGCAUCUAUGAGAUUAAUGUUGAUUCGCAGCGAUGGAAGAAGCUAGGGAAGAGAGAAAAUUUAGAUGCUGUGAUUCCAUACAUGAGUUUCUACAAUCGACAAGAAAGGGUGAUGCCUGGUGACGUGGUGCAUUGA